GGGCAUCCUCCCCUUCACUAUGACUUCAAAUCUCGACCGCGCCAUCCAAAUCGUCAGCGCCGCUAUCGAGGAGGACAACAAGCAGAACUAUGCGGAAGCAUAUAAGCAGUACUCGAAUGCGCUCGACUAUUUCAUGCUCGCGCUGAAAUGGGAGAAGAACGAUAAGCUGAAACAGCUGAUUCGGGGGAAGAUUGAGGAGUACAUCAGCCGCGCAGAAUCGUUAAAAGAGCACAUGCAGCAGGCAGAAGACAAGCGUGCAAAGAAGGCGGUUGGGGCGGAUGGUAUGGCGAACGGGGGAAGCGGGGGCAAGGGCAUGAAAAAGGGUGACGACGACGACACGGACCCAGAGGUCAAGAAACUGCGAGCUGGGCUUACGAGCGCCAUCGUUGCAGACAAGCCCAACGUGAAGUGGGAUGAUGUUGCCGGGCUCGAAGCUGCGAAGGAGUCAUUGAAGGAGGCUGUGAUCCUGCCCAUCAAGUUCCCGCAUCUCUUCACUGGCAAGCGAACGCCGUGGCGCGGUAUCCUCUUGUAUGGUCCUCCCGGUACUGGGAAGUCGUACCUCGCGAAAGCAGUGGCAACCGAGGCAAAGGGCACUUUCUUCAGUGUCAGCUCGUCCGACUUGGUUAGCAAGUGGCAGGGAGACUCGGAAAGGCUUGUGCGACAGCUGUUCGAAAUGGCACGCGAGAACAAGCCAGCGAUUAUCUUCAUCGACGAGAUAGAUUCAUUAGCCAGCUCGCGAAGCGACGCGGAGUCUGAAGGCUCAAGACGCAUCAAGACGGAAUUCCUGGUGCAAAUGAAUGGUGUCGGACAUGAUGACACGGGUGUACUGGUCCUUGGCGCUACAAAUAUCCCAUGGCAGCUCGAUAAUGCUAUCAAGCGGCGUUUCGAGAAGCGGAUUCACAUCCCAUUACCUGGUCUUGAAGCCAGGAAACAAAUGUUCAUUUUGCACAUAGGCGACACACCAAACGAGCUGACCCAAAAAGAUCUGAAACUGCUUGCCGAGAAGACUGACGGCUAUUCUGGAUCGGAUAUCGCCGUCGUUGUUCGCGAUGCCCUUAUGCAACCUAUCCGCAAGGUCAUGUCCGCGACACAUUUCAAACCUAUGGACGACGACGGCAAGAAGAAGUACACGCCGUGCUCUCCAGGGGACCCUGCAGCAAAGGAGACGUCUUGGACGGAUAUCGAAAGCGACGAGCUCAAAGAGCCACCACUCAGGCUGGCCGAUUUCCUGAAAUCACUUGAGAGCGUACGACCGACGGUCACUGCCGAAGACAUAAGGAAGCAUGAUGCAUGGACUCUUGAGUCUGGCAAUGAAGGUGUAUAAGUUGUCAGGUGCUACGAGUGUAUAUUACGGACUGUUGUUUUAUGAUAU